AUGGACAAAGGCUAUAGGUUUGUUCCCCUCACAUUCCAAUGGCUCCAGUCCCUGCUCUUGGCAGUCACAGAGAUCAAUAAAUCAUACUAUAUUCUCCCCAACUUGACCUUAGGAGUCCAUCUGUCUGACUCAUGUGCAUCACCAGGCAGAACUCUAGAAGGGGUUAACUGGCUUCUUACUGGAAGGGGUCAAAGUUCCAUACCAAACUUCCGAUGUCACAGGAAAUCUACACCCCUAGGGGGAGUUAUUGGGGACUCCAGCUCUGCCAGCUCACUACCAUUGGCCAGACUUCUAGGACUCUACAGUUACCCACAGAUAAGUUAUUUUUCCACAAGCUCUAUCUUUAGUGAUAAGACACAAUUCCCUUCCUUCUUCAGGACUGUACCUAGUGAUAACUUCCAGUCACACGGACUUGCACAGCUUGUGGCCUUUUUUGGCUGGACUUGGGUAGGAUUGAUCGCUGAGGACACUGACUAUGGACUUGAUGGUAUUAGAGCCACCAAGACAGAGAUUAUCAGGUCUGGGGUCUGCGUUGCCUUCACAGAGUACAUCCUCACUAGUAGACCCGAUCGAAAUGCUCUACACCUAUCGAAGGUCAUUGCAGACUCAAAUGCUACUGUUGUUGUUGUCUUCUCUAGUGGAUCCAAUCUUCUACCGGUAGCGGAGGAACUUCUUAGACGUAACAUUACAGGGAAGAUUUGGAUAGCUAGUGAGUCGUGGUCAACAUCAGGGUUGGUCUCCAAGGAGAAGUAUUGGGAAAUACUUCAGGGAACUCUCGGAUUCGCAUUACACAGUGGACAGAUUCCCGGAUUCAAAAAAUUCCUCAGUGCUUCUAACCCCUUGAAGACCCCGGAUGAUAUCUAUCUAAUGGAAUUUUGGGAGGCAAACUUUGGCUGCAGAUGGGAAACACCAGGAGCUGUUUUGCCAAACAGUACCAGGAGAUGCACAGGUCAAGAAACUCUCGCAAACACCUUCAACAGUAUCGGCAUCCUAAGGGUGACUUACAGUGUCUACAUUGCAGUAUAUGCUUUGGCAUGGGCUUUGGAUGAUAUCACUCAUAGACAAAAAGACUGUUUCGUUUCGUUGGAAAAAUGCUUGGAGCUCAUAUCGUAUCAUCCUUGGCAGAUCCUACGUUCUAUGAGAUCAGUUCGUUUCACCACUUCUGAUGACCGAGAGAUUUACUUCGAUUCCAACGGAGACUUUCCUGCAGUGUAUGAUAUUGUGAACUGGCAGCUUACACCCCAGGGAAACGUUCAGCAGGUAAAAGUGGGCAGCUACGAUGGCAGCGCUAUACACGGAAACAAAUUCUUGGUAAACACCAGCGCCAUUCAAUGGACAAAAAGGCAAGAGCAGAUCCCAGUCUCUACUUGCAGUCACAGUUGUCCCUCAGGCUUCCGAAAAGCCACAAUACCUGGAAAGCCCGUGUGCUGCUUCCAGUGUAUCCAGUGUUCUCCAGGAGAUAUCUCCAAUCAGACAGAUUCCAUCGACUGUUUCCGAUGUCCAUUGGACCAGUGGCCAGAUGUUUUCCAGAACCAAUGCCUCCAAAAAGCGGUGGAGUUUCUUUCCUUUGAAGAGCCAUUAGGAGAAACUUUGAUGGCGACCAGUAUUACAUCUUCUACAAUCCCAAUUGCCUUAUUGGGACUUUUUAUCCAUUAUAAGACUACCCCCAUUGUCAAAGCCAAUAACUACUCCAUAAGUUGUCUUCUCCUGUUGUCCAUCUCUCUCUGCUUUUUGUGCUCAUUGACUUUUAUUGGUUAUCCACAACCUGAGAAAUGUCUUCUCAGGCAGGUGGCAUUAGGCAUGGUCUUCUCCUUGUGUAUUUCCUGUGUCUUGGCUAAAACCAUCAUGGUGGUCAUAGCCUUCAAAGCCACCAAGCCGGACAGCAGCUUGAAAAAAUGGACUGGUGGAAAAAUGUCCUACUUCGUCAUAGGGUUGGGUGUUCUUAUUCAGCUUUGUAUUUCUGUUACGUGGCUAUCCCUUUCUCCACCAUUCCCAGCGCAUGACGUGUCCAGCUUACCUGGAGUUAUAAUAGCUCACUGUAAUGAAGGAUCUUCUAUUGCUUUUUGGUGUAUGCUCGGGUACUUGGGAUUGCUGGCUACCAUCAGCUUCAUCCUUGCCUUCCUAGUCCGAAGACUUCCUGAUUCCUUCAAUGAGGCCAAAUUUAUUACCUUCAGCAUGCUGGCCUUUCUAAGUGUCUGGGUGGCCUUUAUACCAGCUUACCUUAGCACUCGAGGUAAGUAUACCUCAGGCAUGGAGAUUUUUGCCAUAUUAUCAUCAAGUUGGGCUUUGGUCAUGUGUAUCUUCAUGCCCAAGGGCUUUAUUAUCCUUUUUAGACCAGAGCUGAACACAAAAGACAAUAUAAUGAGGAAGGGUAGAAAAUAA